AUGGUCAAUCAUUUUACAGCAUUAGCGCUGACCAAAUUGGAUGUGUUGGAUGAAUUGAAAGAAGUUCGGAUAGGUUACUCUUAUAUCGACAAUCAGACCGGGUGUGAACUGGAACAAUUUCCUGCGGACCUAUCCGUUCUGAAUAACGUCACCGUCGUCUACGAAACAAUGCCCGGUUGGUCCCAAAGUACCCGAGGAUGUCGAAAUUUUACUGAUUUACCUCCGGAAGCGCAGGCCUACGUGGAAGCCGUGGAACGGUUAUGCGGUGUGCCUAUUCGAUGGGUGGGUACAGGAGCAUCUCGUGACUCAAUGAUUGUGCGUUCAUCCUCCCACGCCCAUCACGUUUCUACCAUAGACCCGACGUCUCAACAUGUCUCCUAA